AUGCAUUCUUUAGUCUCGGAUCAGGGGAAUGACAAGGUAAUGGCCGCACCAGCAUCCCUAGAGGAACCUGGGAAGACGCCCACCAAGGCCGUUUUGCGCAUAAACUUCCCUCCCGUGAAAGAUAGGGAAGAGAUUCUUCGUUCACAGCAGGCCGGCAUCCCCGAUACCAUUGCCCGGGAUAACCUUGAGCAGGAUAUUCCGCCCGUUAUUCGUAGCGUGCUGGAGCUCUCGCACCUUUUGGUGAGCGGUUACAGUCAAUACUUCCGAACCGCGCCUGGGUACGCUGGGGGGCUGUUCUACCACGGCUCACCCUACUGCUUUGCGAGCGGUUACCGGGAUGGCUUGCGGCCGAAAGAUGACGAUGAUAAGGAGAAUCAUAUGCGACUAAAAGAUCCGCUGACAUACGGGGUUCUUUCCUUGCCUAUCACUGCCGCCUACUUGUGUGAGCUUCAUGGGAAGAACAUGUUUGAUCUUGAACGGCCGUUGGUUGAGUAUUUGCCGGAUCUUCAGGAAAAGCUAGAUCCGGACGUGACAGCUCGCAGCAUUCUAUCAUUCACGACUGUGAUUGAUGAGAGAAGGAUUUUGAAGGAUGCUGGGGUUAGCCAGUAUGUACCGUUUUUCGCGUGGAAUGUGUGCGACGCGGUUGCAAAGCGUGUAUAUGCCCCUCUGAAUCGCUUCUUCGCAGGUGGACGCACUGAUACCCUUAACGGCCGUCAACAGCGGGAAAACCUUGUUCAAUACAUUCGUUCUUCCAGGCAAUUUCGUGGCUUCCUUCGCCGUCCGCUCAGACUCGCGCAUGUUAGCCAUUUUUCCGUAGCAAUUCUUAUCGCCGCAGUUGAGGCUCAGCUGAACGGUGUAAGCUUCGAGGAUUCGAUUCGUGAGCACUUCUUCGAGCCCGCUCAGUCCCACCCCGCGGGUUACGGUCCACCUACUUUGUGGCGAGAUCCCAACGAAAUCUUUUACCAGCCUAAGGGUCUUGCUUUGCAGCAUCAAGGCUUUAAGAAGCCCAUUCCCACGGGGUCUCCGGAGAAUUGUGCACCACCCGUAUUCAAUGCCUCGCUCAACCUUUAUAGUCCAGUCGAAGAAUAUGCAAAACUACUAAUGCUUUCACUUGACACCAUCCGGGACGCCAGAGAGAUACUCGGAUGCCCUAAUCCAAGGUAUCCUCAUCACGACUUUGGUGUACGUAUUUUGCCAGCCUACGAAGAAUUCCGCUUAAGACCGGCAAUUUUAUCCGGCCUAGACUUCCUUCCGACUGCGGCCUCGUUCCGAUACGAUCGAAAAAAUGAUUUAGGUACCCUUGGUAUUUCUUCCUGUGGCACUCGUGGAGCUCGGAUGUUUGCAGGCUCCAUAUCACACGUGAUUCAACAUCUGUUCGUGAAGCAUGUACUUCGCGAGGGGGUGAAUCCUGAUAAGCCCUUAGAUUUAAAUAACCCUAUGGGUGAACCAAGCACUGAGACCGAGCGCAAAUUCAAGAAAAUUACGAAACAACAGGAGCACAAAAGCUACUUUAAGAAUUUAGAUGCACAUAAAAAGCUUUAA